AUGUCGAAAUUCAAACAUCUCCCGCGCGCCGCGCACGGGCCGAUCAAGUGUCCCUACACCGGCGCCAACCUGCUGGGAAACAGCUACUACAACAAAGGCUCAGCCUUCCCCGCGGCCGAGCGCCAGAAAUUCGGGCUCCACGGGCUCCUCCCGCCAAACAUCCAGACCCUAGACGAACAAGUCGCGCGCGCAUACGAGCAGUAUGCCAGCCGGCCCGGCGACCUCGCGAAGAACACGUUUAUGGCGAGCAUGAAGGCGCAGAACCAGGUGCUCUUCUAUCGCCUGCUCCAGACGCAUCUCAAGGAGAUGUUUGGGGUGAUUUAUACGCCGACCGAGGCGGAUGCGAUCCAGAAUUACUCGAGGCUGUUCAGGAAGCCCGAGGGGUGUUUUUUGAAUAUCAAUGAUUCUGGCUUGGAGAGCAUUGAGGCGAGUUUGGAGAAUUUUGCGCCGCGCGACGGCGGGGAGGUUGAUUAUAUUGUUGUUAGUGAUGGGGAGCAGAUCCUGGGUAUCGGCGAUCAAGGCGUCGGCGCGAUCCUCAUCUCCGUCGCCAAGCUCGUCAUCACGACAGCAUGCGCGGGGAUCCAUCCGUCAAGACAACUCCCCGUUGUCCUUGACUGCGGGACGAAUACCUCCUCAACGACGAACUGUACCUCGGCCUCCGGCAGCCGCGCGCAACAGGGAAAGAAUACGACGACUUUGUCGAUCGAUUUGUGCAGGCUGCGCGGAAGAAGUUUCCGAAUGCUUAUAUCCACUUUGAGGACUUUGGCCUGCAAAACGCCAAACGCCUCCUCGACAAAUACCGCGGGGACAUCCCGUGCUUCAACGACGACAUCCAGGGAACCGGGUGCGUGA